CGCGCAGCCCCGCCCCCAGGCCCGCGUCUGUCUCCGGGAGGCGGCAACCGCUCUCGCUCCCCGCUCGGCCCUUCGCUGUCGGCCUCGGCUCUCGGGUGGCCAUGGGGGACCCCAGCAAGCAGGACAUCCUGACCAUCUUCAAGCGCCUCCGCUCAGUGCCCACCAACAAGGUGUGCUUUGACUGCGGUGCCAAGAACCCCAGCUGGGCUAGCAUCACCUAUGGGGUGUUUCUCUGCAUCGACUGCUCCGGCUCACACCGCUCGCUUGGCGUCCAUUUGAGUUUUAUUCGGUCUACAGAGUUGGAUUCUAACUGGUCUUGGUUCCAACUGCGAUGCAUGCAGGUCGGAGGAAAUGCUAAUGCUUUGACAUUUUUCCACCAACACGGCUGUGUUGCCAGUGAUGCCAACACCAAGUACAACAGCCGUGCUGCCCAGCUCUACAGGGAGAAAAUCAAGUCACUGGCCUCCCAGGCAACACGCAAGCAUGGCACCGAUCUGUGGCUUGAUAGUUGUGCCAUUCCACCUUUAUCCCCUCCACAGAAGGACGAAGAUUUUUUUGCCUCUCAUGCUUCUCUUGAGGGGAGUGGCUCAGGAUGGGUGUCAGCGCCAUCAGAACCAUCCCCUCUAGUACCAAAGACUAUGGAAUCCUCCCCAGCAAAUACUGAAGGAGUCCCAGAAUUAGGACCAAGUGUGGAAGGUCUUAAUGUACCAACAAAGGCUACCACAGAGGUUUCCUCCAUCAUAAAAAAGAAACCAAAUCAAGCUAAAAAGGGACUUGGGGCCAAAAAAGGAAGUUUGGGAGCCCAGAAACUGGAGAAUAUGAGCUUUAAUGAAAUUGAAAAACAAGCUCAAGCCGUAGAUAAAAGGAAGGAACAGGAAGACCAGGCCAGGGCCGCAUCAAAAGAUGAAUCAAUUGUUACAUCAUUACGAUUAGCCUAUAAGGAUCUUGAGAUUCAAAUGAAGAAAGAUGAAAAGAUGAACUUGAGUGGCCAAAAAAGGAUUGAAUCCGAAAGACUGGGCAUGGGAUUUGGGAGUUCUAGAAGUGGCAUUUCACAUUCGGUGACUUCAGAUAUGCAGACCAUUGAACAGGAAACACCAGUCAUGGCCAAACCAAAAAAAAAGUAUAGUGAUGACAAUGAAGACUCAUAUUUUACUUCCAGCUCAAGGUACUAUGACGAGCCCAUGGAGAUAAGGAGCAGUUCUUUCUCUAGCUGGGAUGACAGUUCCGACUCCUUCUGGAAGAAAGACACUGUCAAAGAUACAGACACAGCCCUGAAAGCCACAGGCUAUUCAGACAGACCUGCUCGCCGUAAGCCAGACUAUGAGCCAGUUCAGAGUACGGAUGAAGCGCAGAAGAAGUUUGGCAAUGUCAAGGCCAUUUCAUCUGAUAUGUACUUCGGAAGACAAGCCCAGGCUGAUGUAAGUGUCCAAAGUAUCUCUACAUGGGCUGCGCGUGUUCUGUGUGCAGGCAACUACAACCUCACAAGCGUGCUGCCCACGGCCCCCGACAUGGCCCAGUUCAAGCAGGGUGUCAGGUCCGUGGCCGGAAAGCUGUCUGUCUUCGCCAACGGGGUGAUGACCUCCAUCCAGGAUCGCUAUGGCUCUUAAUCCCAGGAACGGUGCCAGGAACUCCUCCUGGAGAAACUCCUCUUUAAAUGAACCAGUGAGCACAGCACGGACAGCAGCAAAGAAGAACCAGUUUUGUCCCUUUGCACGUAGUACAUAUACAUGACUGAUUUUUCAUACUUUGGAGAAAUCCUUAUUUUCAAUGUAGAAGCUUUCUUAUCAUUUCCGCUUUGUGUUAGUUCUGCACAUGCCCUCCUGGACACACGCGAGCAUUUUCUUGCUUAUUUCCUUCUUAUUUUCUCAGAACCUUUAAUUCCAACAGCUGAGGAGCAGGAGGCCUCUGCCCCUCCACCACCCUGUGGACUGAAGGUCUUCUCGGGGGCUCUGAGGCUCAGGGGCUAAGGGCUACUGGAAGCCUCUGGCACUCGGCCAGCCUGGAGAAACUAAACGCAUAGCACACGUUUCAUUCAAAGGGGAGCAACAAAUCAAAACAGAAGACCAGAACACGGCUGCUGUCUACUUGAACAGAUCGCUUGAUUUUUCCUUCCAUGUAAUUAAGGUGAUCCAAAAUAUAGCCAAACCCACCUGGCCCUCUGUCAGUUGUUUGUUUUGUAAGGCCUACAAAUUUAAGAAUAAUUUUCACUGAGUGAUUUUAACAAACUGGAGCUUUGGUGUUGCCACGGGAAUUAAUUUUAUCUUUUAACAAGGUGUUGCUAUUUGAGUUUCUGAGAAAUAUAAGGUGAGGACUGACUCCCUCUGUGUGGUUAUAAAUCGUUAUAGUGGACAGAAUUAAAAAUGAAUAAGGUAAAAAGAUACAUCCACAGAUAAUAUUUCAGUCCAUGGAAAAAUAAGACUUGUAAUUGGAUAGUCUUGUUAAUAUUUUUUAUCUCAAUCUUGGCUUUCAAAAAAUGCAGAAUGUAUGUAAAUGAAUAAGAAGAAAUAAUUUUGGCUGUGUUUUAGACAGCACUAGAAUAUAUUGUUCAGCACAGUAAAAUGUAUUUGAAAAUUGAACCAGGAACAUGGCUUCAACUGAAUAUUUUGUGAAUCUUUCAUAAGAGUUCAGAUUUGUAGACUUCUGAAUAUAAUAAAUAGGCACAGCAAA